AUGGUGGUGGUAGCGGCGCGAAGGUUUGCUUAUGUUUUGGUUCCAUUUUUGAAGUCAGCUGUUGGCGGUGGAGCUUUGAACUUCACCUUCCCGCGGCCCAAUAGAUCAGGAUGACUGGUCUGGCUGCGGUGAAGGGAAAGAUCCUGGAUGGCCAAGUGGUCGGCCUCCAGGGAGAUGUCAGAAAGCUUGUGAGAGCCUCGUCAAGCGGUGAUGAGGGCCAGCUCAUCAUCCGCGCCUGCUCCAGGUUUGUGUAUGAGACUCCAGAGCUUGAGGAGCAGCAGUUCUCUGCCAUGCUGGAGAUCAUCAGCAUCUGUUGUGAGCACCACCGGGAACACAUCAUUGCUGACCCAUUCUUCCACUUCAAGUCCAUGUUCUACAUCAUUUUCUUGGCUGUACGGAGGAAGGAUUUGCACCAGCACUCAGCCAGACUGGUGGUUGGUAUCGAGCCUUACCUUGAGCUGUGUGACACCAGCAAGGAGGAGGUUCAGAGUAUGGUGAAGAGGAUGCACUCAACACUGUGGAAUGCCAGCCUGAACAUGACAGCACCUCUAGUCGCCCUCACCCUGCAGAGAUUUGCACUGCGGUGCUCACUGGCUGCUGGCGGCUCCCUGAUUCAAGCAUGUGAUCAUGCUGUCAUGGCCCACAUUGUGUAUGAAAAGACUGAAAAGUGUGCAGAGAACUCUGAAGUGUAUUUCCAGGCUUUUUUCAAGUACCUGACACAGAGGGUGAGUCAGCAGUCAGAAUGUGAUGACAACUCAGUCCUUGCCAUGGUUGGUGUGGUGAUGGAGUAUGCAAAGGUGGCACUGAAAACAGGCAAGUACUCAGACUUUGGAAGGAACAACAAGCAGCUGGUGAAGGUGCUGGAGGCCCACUGUGACUCUAAGAUGUUGAUGGGCCUCAAGGCGGGCCUCAAGCUGCCCGAAAUUGCCUUGGCACUGCAGCUGGGCAAGUGUGGCGAUGAGAUGCUGAGGAAGCUGCUGGGAUCAUGUGGCAUUGUGGCUGCCCUGUCUGGCCCUAACACUGUUCUGGUGCUGGGUCUGCUCACCACACUCACCAUGCUGCCACCUUAUUCCAAUCUGAAGCUGACUUUAUAUAUUGUGGAGCUCCUGAUGAAGAGAUGCAGGGUACCAGUGUCUGAUGAAAUUGUCAAAAAGAUCGCCAACGUCCUCAGCCAACAACUGACAAGUAUUUUUGAUUUGCUGAAUGGCAGUCCAGACACCAGUCCAGAACCAGAGACACUCUUUAGCCACGUCCUCACCUGUGCCGAGGCAACAAGGCCCUUCAUCUUGACUAAUCUCUGUGGAAAGCCAGACAAGAUGGGUGCACUCUACAGCCUUGGCAUUCACUUUGGCAAUUUUGGCUCCAUGGCGUACAAGAAGACUAAGUACGACUCUGCAGUGAAGUUCCUGGAGGUGACGGUGGAUUUGUUCGACCAGUACCACAGUCACGCCCCUCAAGAACAGAAGCACAUCGCUUGGCAGAACCUGAGCAGGAAGGUUCAGCUGUGGAGUGACGUGCUGCGGUACGGCGGCCACCACUGGGAGGCGGGAGUGGCGGCGGCUCGAGGCUUCCUGGCCGGCUGCCUUUCCAUUGAGGACCUGGUGAGCACGUGGGUGAAGUGCAAGAGGGACGCCAAGAAGGGAAGCAGUGAUGCAUUGAAGGACCUGACAGUGUGUGACGUGGUGAAGGAGGCAAGGAAGAAGUACACAGAGGCAGAUGGUGUAGUGUUUGACCAAGAUGCAGCCCUGCUUAAGGAAAUACGGUGUUACAAGCAGCAAAAGUACAACACUGUGGAGGAGCAGCUGUGUUGUGGUCGGGCGGUGGCAGCAAGUGAGCACGGGCUGGAGGGUCGGGUGUGGGGCCUGCUGGCGGUGACAGAGGCGCUGUGGACGUACCCUGACAUGGAGGCGGAGGAGUACGAGGCCACACAUACAGCUCAGCAGGCCAAGGAUCUGCUACAGGAGGCUAAGAGUGAUUGUGCUACCAAGCCGGUGCUCCUGGAGCUUGAGGCAUUGGUUCAUUUUUGGCAGUACCUUUGCUAUAUACAAGUUAUGUACAACAAGGCUGAUGCAGAGGUGAAGGAGGCAAGUAAACCGAACCCCUUCACAGCGCCAGUGUCAGAGCCAGGAGAGGAGGAGCGCCUGCAUGAUAGGUGCGAGCGCCCUACAGCUCUCCUCUCCCUCCACACCCAGCACGCCUCCUUGGCCCCCGUGCAGGCUGCCCUGGAUAUCUGGGACAGGUUCAUCUCUGAGGAUCUUCCUCUGGAAAAUCCAGACGUGGCCUGUGUGAGUCUGACGUCCGUGGGCUACAUCUACCACCUGUCCGGCCUGGCUGCUCCCACCAUCCAGGCCUGGGGGCUGCUCAUCGCCCUGGCCCGCAGGCACUCUCUUCUCAAUUACCUCAUUAAGGGCAUUGUUGAGCUGAUACUGACGGCCCCUGAGCUGGUGGAUGCAAGUCUCGUGUUGGAGCUGGAGCAGGUGGCAUCCUCCAGCAAGCCAGCCAACCCACAGGACACCUCACACGCAUGCCUCAUGCUCAGUGCCUCUGUUGCCACUGCAUUCCUCUACUACAAGACAGGAAAGUACCAGGAUGGUGUCAGGCUGGUCCAGGAAGCCCUACAGUCUGAGGUGUUGGCCAAGCGUACCAUAAAGACCACAGAAGUGCAGACACUGGUACACUUGGUGGCCUCUCUGUAUGCGUGGCUCCCUCCCUGGCUCCUGAACCCUGUCCCUGCACUCCCUGCACCGUGCUUCUCCUUGGCACUCCUGGCCUGUAGGGAGGCCAAUGCUCUAGUCAUCAUGGCACUCACAGACUCAAACACAGACAUUAUCUGUUGGCGGCACCGAGUGGCCAGCCUGCUGCUCACCACUACGUCCUGGCUGGGUCACCUCAGCAUCACCACAGCCCAGCCCAGGAUAGCCAGGGCAUACAUUGAAAAAUCACUUCAAUUUUCCCAGCAGCUAAUUCUUCCUCUCAGAAUUGCUGAGUGUCUGGAGCUGCUAGCACGUGUGGAUGUGUUGUGUGACCAGCUGGAGGACUGCAGGGUGAAGGUAGACAGUCUGGAGGCACUCUUGAGGACUCAUCCCUCAUCUCAGCAAGAACUGGUGGACCUCUUGCCAGAAUUUACUAAGCUGUCCAUUAGCAAGCCAUCAAAGGUCACAAAGAAGCGAGGGCCUGAAAUAUUCUGUGACCCCAUGGGUGGCAGUGGGGAGAGGAUGCGCACAGAGAGUGGUGCACAGGACCUCCACCUGAGCGCUGCCUCCCGUUCCAGGCAGGACAGGAGGAGGUGGCCAUUUCUUCUCCAUCUGUGGGUCAGCUUGAUAAUGUUGCCGUUGUCAGCUUUUCAGCGUGUCCAAGCAGGGGCAUGCACUGUGUCCUGUGCUACUCCAAUCAUCCACCACCUUCGCAUCUCAACUGCCAUAUUGCUGGCGCUCCUCCACGCUCAAAGUGGACGCUUCCAGGCUGCACAGAAGUGUCUCGACCAAGCAUGGCAGAUGUACGCUGACAUUGCAGACAAGGCGGAGGAAGUCUCCUCUUACAUGGCAUCAUUCCUGAAGAGAGAUGUCAAGGAGUGGGUGAUGUCGCCCAGCAUGUUUGUAAGCUCAAGAUUAAAUUUGGUUCACCUCCAAACCUUCCAUGCCCAGGCAGAAUGUCUGGCUCUAGAGAGGAAGUGGGAGAAGGCCCUUGCUGUCAAUAUGGAGUGUCUUCAGAUUCUGGCCACUAAAAAGUCUCAGUUGUUGAUUCAAGAUAUGCAUUUUGUUGCUGUUCUGUCCCUGCAAGGCCGCUCUCUAGAGAAGGUUAUCAGCAGAAGUACAAAGUCUCCAGAAGAUAUUGAUCAGCAGGUUGUCAUAGUUCAGCCGGAUGAUGAGAUGCCAGCCACAAUAGUAACAACUCCCAAGAUGAGCACCAGAAAAGAGUAUGGGAGCAGCAGAAAAACUGUCCAGAAGCUUCUCAAUGCUCCCAGGCAUGUAAACAGGAGGAAUAUAAUCUUCAGUGAUGAGGAAGAGGACAACACAGACUCUGCCAUAAAGUCUGGCACACAUGUUACUCCACACAAAGAAAUACUUCCCAAACCUAACAAAUUCUUCAAGUCAACACGAAAGAAACCACCAAGUAGUGUCAGAAAAAAAGAAAAUGCUGAGAAUAAUAUCUUGGAUUCCCUUGAGACAGAAUGGGGUAGCCCCUUAUCCUCUCUUGUGCUGAAGGUGCCAAGCGACCUCCCGCUGUCAUCACUCAACACUGCACCACACAGCCCCUCCCAGCAUGAUGGUGAGAAGCUGGGGCUGCCCUCCUCCCCAAAAACCAUAUCCAAAGGUAAAAUUAAGGUAGGUCAGAGAGCUAGGGUGUCUAAGUCAGCAACAACUAGAGGAAAGAAUGCCCCCAGCCUGUCACAGAGUCCUGGAGAGGAAGAGAUUGCACCGCCACGUGGCCGGACCAGAGGUGCCAAGGCUGCCUCAUCGUCUACCUCUAAAGCCAAAGUAGUCAGCGAGCCUAAGCCUACCAGUAGGACCCGGGCCUACAAGUCACUUCGUCUAAUCUAACCAGGAUAUUCUUAGGGAUUUUAUAUUUUUAUACUCUUACCAUUUUACAAACUACCUACUGUAUUUAUCAUUUUUAUGUUGCACUGUCUUCCGUUCGUGUUUCUUGGUCUUCCUGGGAUCACUGCCAUGGCGGGUGUUGUGUUUCUUGUGGUGUUGCUCACCAUCCAGUAUUUACAUUGUUUUGGAUAUUACAGAGGAAACUAUUAGAGAUAGAUAGUGGUUAUACUAAAUUGAUAUUUAUUUUUAGGAAAACUUUGGUGAAUACCUUACGUUUGAUUAACAUUUAAAAAUUUCUAUUGUUAAUUUCUUAACUCUAUUUCCUGUGAAGUACACAUUACUUAGUGACAAGAUGAAGUGACACUUUUAUUGUUUUUAGGAUAGUAAAGUUUUUUAUUAA